ACUAGCGAAAAAAUCUUGCCUGAAGAAAAUUCAUCCUUAUCAGCCGAUUUGGAGGAUUAUAUAAAAACACUCACAGGAAGUCUUGACGAUGAGACUGCUUAUUGGGAUACACCAUACGAGAACUCAGCUAGGGUAGUAGAAGAGGAAGCGAAUGAAGUUAAGAAGCUUCCCAGGGUUCAGUCAAAUGAUGAUGUAUAUUUUGAUGAGAAACUCAAUCAUAAUUCUGCACC